CGGCCUUCGGAGAUUCGAUCGAUAGGUUUUUGGUGCCUUUUCUUGGAGUUUUUGAUCGUCGCCGUCGCUUUCGUCCUUUUUUCGAGUUUCGGCUCUUUGUUUCUGAACUUGCAAUUUAUGGAUUGAUGAUUACGCUUAUGGUGUGAAAUAUUUAUUCGAUCAUCGUUCGCCUGCUGAAUCCCUGCAGUCUCGACAACUUUCGACUCAUGAAGUUGAACUCAUGGAGUAGAAUCUAGAGUUCGAUGUAAAAAAAUAUAUAUUUCUGAUGUUUUUUACUCACAAGGAGUGCUUUUGAAAGUUUUAUUUGGAAUUGGAAUUCCAUUUCAUUUUUAUGGAGCUUAUUUUGAAGAGGUAUGGCUUGUGCUGGCUGAAAAUCUUAUUCUAGAAUGGAGUAGUACGAUCAAAGGAGGUUAUUCUAGAAUGAAGAAAAAUUUUACCGCUCAAGGAACAGCAGAAGAACCACAAGAAAAAAGAGAGAUAAAGAAAUCAGCGUUUAUUAUUUACUAAUUCUCCAAUGGGAGGAGCUUGUUCCAGGAAGAGAGAACUUCUAGACGGAGAUGAUUUGCACAGGUCGGGAAGAUACUCUAAGAGUGGCAGCUCAAAGUGGUUGCUGCUUACACUCCCCCGUUGCAAUACGAAUGUCUCAGUUCGCGAGCAAGGGAAGUGUCCAUCCCUCAUGGACUUGUGCGUGGCUAAAGUUCGUGAGGACAUCAAAAAACAUAGCAGUUUUUCCAUGCUUCCAAGAGACAUAAGCCAGCUGAUCUUCAACGAGUUGGUGGCAUCUCAUUCCCUCAAUGAUGGGUCUCUUGAAGCCUUUCGGGAUUGUGCUCUUCAGGAUAUGCGUGUUGGAGAAUAUCCAGCAGUCAAAGAUGGCUGGAUGGACAUAGUUUCUUCUCAAGGGGAAUCACUUCUAUCGCUUGAUAUUUCUUGCUCUGAUGUUACAGAUACUGGCUUGUCUCUCCUUAAGAAGUGCCCCAGUAUCCAGAGCUUGAAAUGUAACUAUUGUGACCAAAUCUCAGACAAUGGCCUAGGGCACUUAUCUGGACUUUCAAACUUGACUUCCUUGAGUUUCAAGAAGAGCAAUUGUAUCACUGCUGACGGAAUGAGAGCUUUUACCAAUUUAGUUAACUUGGUAAAUUUGGACCUCGAGAGAUGCUUAAAGAUCAAUGGUGGUCUUGUUCAUAUAAAAGAUUUAAAGAAGCUCGAAUCUCUUAACAUCAGAUACUGCAAUUGUAUAACGGAUGCAGAUAUUGAGUCUAUUUCAGGUCUUACGAACUUAAAAGAGCUGCAAGUUUCAUGUUGUAAAGUUACAGAUGCAGGCAUCACACAUUUGAAAGGUUUAUCCAAAAUAGCUCACCUGGAUUUGGAGGGUUGUCCACUUACUUCUGCUUGCUUGAAAGUUAUAUCAGGUUUUGCGUUGUUAGUGUUUCUGAAUCUUAGCCGUUGUGGUGUGUCUGAUGAUGGAAGCAAGAGCUUUUCUGCACUUCAGAAGUUGAAAGUUCUGAACUUGGGAUUCAACAACAUCAGUGAUGUAUGUUUGGUGCAUCUUAAAGAUUUGUUCAAUUUGGAGAGCUUGAACUUUGAUUCUUGUAGGAUCAGCGAUGAAGGAUUACUAAACCUGAAAGGCCUGCUGCAAUUAAAAAGUUUGGAGCUGUCUGACACUGGAGUUGGUAACAAUGGACUGAACCACCUCUCUGGAUUGUCCAAUCUGGAAAGUUUAAAUCUGUCAUUCACAUCAGUAACUGAUGGUGGCUUGAGGAAAUUGUCUGGAUUAACUUCUAUCAAAUCACUUAAUUUGGAUUCUCGCCAGAUAACAGAUUCAGGGUUAGCCGCAAUAACAAGUCUUACUGGAUUGACCCACUUGGAUCUUUUUGGUGCUCGUAUCUCUGACUUUGGCACGAACUGCUUAAAAUAUUUCAAGAACCUUCAGUCCCUUGAGCUCUGCGGAGGCUCAAUAACUGAUGCUGGAGUGAAGAACAUCAAGGACCUCAAAUCUCUUACACAAUUGAAUCUGUCUCAAAAUAGUCACCUCACCGACAAAACCCUGGAACUGAUUUCAGGAUUAACUGGAUUAACCUCUCUUAACGUAUCAAACUCUCGCAUAACAAAUGCUGGACUCCAGCACCUGAAGCCAUUGAAGAACCUGCAAUCACUCACACUCGAGUCAUGCAAAGUGUCUGCCAAUGAAAUGAAGAAACUACAGUUGUCUUCUCUUCCAAACCUGCUCAGCGUUCGACCUGAGUAAGCCAAGUUUGUUUGGAAGCCACCCCUGCAUGUAAAUAAUCCUCCACUGUACAGACAGCAGCAUGUGAUCGUUGAAUAUUUGGCCUAGCAACGGAGACUGGAUUUCUAUAGAACUGUAUAUAUGGGUGUCUAGAACUGGUCUGAUUUAGUUUAAUCUAAGGGUGAUGUUGGAGCAGCAAAUGGAACCACAAGAAAGAUGAAAAUGGUGUUUCCUCCAUUUUAUAAUUGAUGCAAGCGUUCUUCUUCACCUGAACAAUGAUUAUUUGUAAAUAUAUGUACAUAAAUUGGGGAAAACAAGUGUCUGGUUUGUUUCAGCAUCAAUUAGCAUCAAUUUGCACAUUCAAAAUUGAUUCCCGAGACUACUGGUCUUGCUGCUUUCCAUUGCUGGCCAGAAAUCGACUAUGUACAGGAAGAACAAAAACAAAACAAUUUGCUUAGCUGUUUUGCUGUCUGUAAUGUAUAUAAAUGAUUAUGCAAAUGUUUUGAAGUA